GGGGGCGCGGCGCCCGCGCGCGACCCGCGCGACAAGCGCGACAAGGCUGUCCACGAGCGUGGCCAGUGGAACAACAAGGUGGAGUUCGUGCUGAGCGUGGCCGGGGAGAUUAUCGGGCUGGGCAACGUGUGGCGGUUUCCCUACCUGUGCUACAAGAACGGAGGAGGGGCAUUCCUGAUUCCCUAUGUGGUGUUUUUUAUUUGCUGUGGGAUUCCUGUCUUUUUCCUGGAAACGGCUCUGGGGCAAUUCACAAGUGAAGGAGGCAUUACGUGUUGGAGGAAAGUCUGCCCUUUGUUUGAAGGAAUUGGCUAUGCAACGCAGGUGAUUGAGGCCCAUCUAAACGUGUAUUACAUCAUCAUCCUGGCAUGGGCCAUUUUCUACUUGAGCAACUGCUUUACCACGGAGCUCCCCUGGGCUACCUGUGGGCAUGAGUGGAACACAGAGAAUUGCGUGGAGUUCCAGAAACUGAAUGUGAGCAACUACAGCCAUGUGUCCCUGCAGAACGCCACCUCCCCCGUCAUGGAGUUUUGGGAGCGCCGGGUCCUGGCCAUCUCUGAUGGGAUCGAGCACAUUGGGAACCUCCGCUGGGAGCUGGCCUUGUGUCUCCUGGCAGCCUGGACCAUCUGCUACUUCUGUAUCUGGAAGGGGACCAAGUCGACAGGAAAGGUUGUGUACGUCACCGCGACAUUCCCCUACGUCAUGCUUCUGAUCCUGCUGAUCCGAGGGGUGACGUUGCCAGGGGCCUCUGAAGGCAUCAAGUUCUACCUGUACCCCGAUCUCUCCCGGCUCUCAGACCCACAGGUGUGGGUCGAUGCUGGGACGCAGAUCUUCUUCUCCUACGCCAUCUGCCUGGGCUGCCUGACUGCUCUGGGGAGCUAUAACAAUUACAACAACAACUGCUACAGGGACUGCAUCAUGCUCUGUUGCCUGAACAGCGGCACCAGCUUCGUGGCCGGGUUUGCCAUCUUCUCCGUCCUGGGCUUCAUGGCAUACGAGCAGGGGGUACCCAUUGCCGAGGUGGCAGAGUCAGGUCCCGGCCUGGCCUUCAUCGCCUAUCCAAAGGCUGUCACCAUGAUGCCUCUCUCCCCGCUGUGGGCCACCCUCUUCUUCAUGAUGCUCAUCUUUCUGGGCCUGGACAGCCAGUUUGUGUGCGUGGAAAGCCUGGUGACCGCCGUGGUGGACAUGUACCCCAAGGUCUUCCGGAGGGGCUAUCGCCGGGAGCUGCUCAUCCUGGCCCUGUCGGUCAUCUCCUAUUUUCUGGGCCUCGUGAUGCUAACAGAGGGAGGCAUGUACAUCUUCCAGCUGUUUGACUCCUAUGCGGCCAGCGGGAUGUGCCUUCUCUUCGUGGCCAUCUUCGAGUGCGUCUGCAUCGGCUGGGUGUAUGGAAGCAACCGGUUCUAUGAUAACAUUGAAGACAUGAUUGGCUACCGGCCACUGUCGCUCAUCAGAUGGUGCUGGAAGGUCGUGACCCCUGGGAUCUGCGCGGGCAUCUUCAUCUUCUUCCUGGUCAAGUACAAGCCCCUGAAGUACAACAACGUCUACACCUACCCUGCCUGGGGCUACGGCAUCGGCUGGCUCAUGGCCUUGUCCUCCAUGCUCUGCAUCCCGCUCUGGAUCUUCAUCAAGCUGUGGAAGACAGAGGGCACGCUGCCCGAGAAACUCCGGAAGUUGACAGUCCCCAGCGCCGAUCUGAAAAUGCGGGGCAAGCUUGGGGCAGGCCCACGGACGGUGAUGGUUAAUGACUGUGACGCCAAGCUCAAGGGUGACGGCACCAUCGCCGCCAUCACAGAAAAGGAGACGCACUUCUGAGCCACCUCCCUCCCGCCACCUCAAGGCUUCUCUUCUCUUCCCUCCCGUGUGUUUAAAAAAAAAAAAAAAAAAAAA